ACUUGGAGUAAGACUAAGGGUGUUCAUUUCUUAUGGCAUAGACAACUACAUGUACAAUUCAUAAAUCUCUGGAAACAAACUAACUGCUCUUUUAUUUGCAUAGGAUGUGACUGCGGAUUGCUGUCAAAAUGAGUGAAACACCUUCAACUAGUUAUUCGGUGAAUCAGCCAAACUCCUCCGAGAGUGAACAGACUUUAUCCACGCGCCAUUUCAACGUUACUGAACCUGUCGUGGCAAAACGGAUCUGCUUCUAUAAAAGUGGAGAUCCUCAGUUUAAUGGGAUCAAAAUGGUCAUUAAUAACCGGUCUUACAAAACAUUUGAUGCCUUGCUGGAUAGUUUAUCCAAACGGGUUCCAUUACCUUUUGGAGUAAGGAAUAUUAGUACACCAAAAGGGAGACACAGUGUCACCAAUUUGGAGGAUCUUGAAGAUGGAAAAUCUUAUAUUUGCUCCCAUCAGAGGAAAAUGAAGCCCAUCAACCUGGAACAGGCUAGCAAAAAGCCGCUGCCCUGGCAGAUCAGUAGGCCUGUCAGUGCACGUCGUCGAGCUGUGCAGUUAGCAAGGGAGAAUGAAGAUGGAUUUGGCCAUCGAGAAAGUAAAAUAACAACUCCCAGAAAGAUACUUGUUUUCAAAAAUGGGGAUGUAAGACUCAGGCGUACCAUAGUUCUGGGAAAGAAAAAUACACAAACCUUUGAGGCCUUUCUGGAUUAUAUGAGUGAGUUAAUGCAAUAUCCAGUUGUGAAACUAUAUACCACUAAUGGCAGAAAGGUUCCUAAUCUUCAGGCCCUGAUAUUGUGCUCUGGAGCUGUAGUCGCAGCAGGGAGAGAGCCUUUUAAACCAAGCAAUUAUGAUUCUCUUGGAUAUUCACGGCCUGCUAAAUUGCUUGGAAUUGCAAAUCGUGUGUACCCAAAAGCAAAUACCAAGCCAGAAAGUGAGAAUAUGAGAGCUCAAAUGGGCUCUAGCUCAAGAUCUCAGGUAUUCUCAGUUUCUUCUGAUAAAGGAUCCAGCAAUGAUAACAACUCAAAUGAUAACAACUCAGAUUCUUCAUAUGUUCCUGAUAGUCAUAACGGUAUAGGAGGAAAUCAGUCCAUUACUGGUGAAGACUUAUCUGUGGCACAGUAUGAAGAUGACAUUGAGAAAUCUGUUCACCUUAAUCAAGAUGGGAGUAUCACAGUGGAAAUGAAAGUUCGAUUAAAAAUUAAAGAGGAAGAAACCAUUAAAUGGACAACUACUGUAAGUCGUGCUGGCCUUUCUGAUGACAAAAAUACCACCAUCUGUCAUCCUGCAAUGCAUGCUGAAGACUGCUUAUCCAAUGUAAAUGCAUUGGAAUGUAUAAACCCAAAAGAUACUCCAUUUUUGAAGAGCUACAGUAAAGAAGAGGGAGACUCAUUACAGCAAUUCAAUGCAGAAGUGUCAGACAAAGAAUCAGAGUCUGAUUUAAAAAAUUCUGGUUGUAAUAUCUGUAAGAACAAUAAUUCUGCAGAUGUAGAUGUAAACAAUGUACCUGAAGAUAAUAUCAGGCCUCGCUUUUAUAGACCUCCCACUCCUGGGCCAAGGCGUGUUAGACAAAAGAAAGCAGUAGUUGAAAGUGUCACCUUGGUAUCUGAGAAAGAGGUUCAGGAGAAGACAAUAGGACAGUUUUCCUACAGUGAGGAAAUACAGCAGGGAGAAAAUAAGUCUGAGUAUUGCAUGGUAGCUCAUGCAAGCAGAGAAAAAUCAAGUGUCACUUAUCCAAAGUUUAGUGAGAUGAGUGAGAAUAGUUCAUUAAAGCUUUCUUCAGAGAAUAUAAAAGAAGAAAUGCUUUUUAAAGUAAGCCACAAAAGUAAUGAUUUAAUAGAAACCACAAAUAAGAAGACAUUAGAAGUGUCUGACAAGGAUGAAUUGGUACAGAGUAUAUUAGAGAAAUCUGUUGUGGAACAAAGUACAUAUAAUAGUUUACUCUCAACCUGCAAAGCUAACAUUUGUGGUUUAAUACCAUCAUCAAAAAUUUGCCAGGCAGCUAGGCCAGGUUCGGCAGACUACAUCCAUAAGUCAUGUGACAUUAAACAAAUAAAAAGAUCACUGAGUUCUUUCAUUAGAUAUUCAGAAUUGUGUCAGUCAAAAGAAGAAACAAUAUGCAGACCUGCUGAUUUAUUACCUGUUUCUCAAGAUUCAGUACAUUCAGCCUGUCCUGGACAUAGCCAGAUGGAGAUGAUUGUAUCUCCAUGUAGUAAAGCUCCUACUGAGAAGAUAAAUCCAACAACUGGAUUCUUUCCUACUGUUACUGAAAGUGACAAUCACAUCAGUGCCAGGACUGGAUCUGUGAUGGCAACACAUCUCAUUGAUGACAGCCAAUCUGCAUCUUCUCUCACCAAAAAGAAGAGGAGAAAAUCGUCUAAGUUUCUAGAGAAAGGUACAUAUGAAAAUAAAAAAGAUGAAGACAUUUCAGGGAUAAUGAAAGGUGAGGGAAUGCAUAUCACAAGGAGAACCACACAGGAUUCUGCAGCAGAGGCUAUGGAUAAUUAUUCUGAAAUGCCUCAGAAAAAAGGAAUGGAUUUUUUCGUAAAAAAGAAUGAUGGGUCUGUCAAUUCAGACAAAAGCAUAUGUUGUGAAGAUGAGUUCUAUCACCAGGAUUCAGUGGAACAAAAUGGAUUAUCAUCUAAUAAAAAACCAAGAAGCAAUAACAACAAGUUGGCCAAAGUAAAAAUGAAGUCAGGCCAAAAAAAUAGUAUCAUUUCAUCUGCAAAGAAGGAAGAUGGUCUAAUGGCAGUUGAUUCAAACAAUGAAUCUGAACAUAGUCAGGAUACACUGAGUACUGAGAAAGAAGGCGCACAUCUCACAACCAAUUCUUUCAAACAGGCAUCUAACCCAUCAGUGAUUUCAAAGCCAUUGUCAGAAGUGCCAAAGAAUCUUAACUUUGAAAAAGAAAAGGAAAAUAAUAUUUUGGAAAAUUUGUCAUCAAAGAAAGCAAAAAAGCAAAAGGGGAUGAAGAAAAAUCUAACUAAAGGAGCAAAUAAGUUAAAUAUGUCAGAGAAAGCCAUUACACUAGAGGCUCUGAACCAGGAAGGUUUUCAAGGGGAGGUCGCUGAGCAUUCAGUUGAAAACUAUGUCCAAACUUGGUUGAAAAACUUAUUACCAAAUUCUGUCUUACCCCCUAUAAAUAAAAAAGAAAGGAAUGUAGAGAACAGCAUCUGCCAUUCUGCUGAAGAAAAUACUGAUGCUUCUAUAGAUAAAGAAACAACAUUUAUCACAAAUAAAGUGUAUGUGACUGGAAAAAAACAUCUGGUUGAACAUAGUCUAACCCCAAAACCAUUAAUGCCUAUUUGUGGAUUGGGAACUUUAGAAGAAUCAGCCAAGGAUUCAGGUGGAAAACAAAUUGACUCUUUGAUUCAUGCUAAUACAACUAUAGUAGAUGAAGCCAAGUAUUCACUGAGAUCAGAAUUUCAUCAUGAGGGUAAGACACACUUGUUUCAGGAAACACAAGACAAUGAUAAAAAGAUGUCAGAAGCUGAUAUCCAAGAUACCAAUCUAUUUCAAAGAAAAAAAUCUGAAGUUGCUGUUCAAGCUGAUUGUGCAUUUGUCAAUGAGAAAGUGGGAACUGAUGUUCAGAACAGUUGCAUGUCUAGCAUGUUGCUGCAUGAACUACAAUCAACUUUGCUUGGUCUCCAGAAAGAACACAGUGGAUGUAUAGGGAAAGCUUGCAGCCUUUCAGAUCUUCCUCCUUCAUCUUUUGGUUCUUCCUCCAAUGUCGUCUUAGCCUGGCUACUCAUGCUGAACCUGAGAGAGAGUUUGAUUGGGACAAUCAAAGAUGAUAUGCAAAAACCUACCUGUAGCUGUUCCGAAACAUUUACUCAGUCACAAUUUCUGAAACAAACUACACUCAUAGAAAAAUUUGAAGAACUGAAGGCUGCCUUCUCACAUUUUCAACAACCAACAGAAAAUAACCUACCAUACUUCGGGAGGGAACUGAAAAACCAGGACUCCACACAUUGCCACGAGAAUAUGCCCAUAUCUGAACUUCAUAAUGGUAUACAUUUGCAUGAAAAUGAAAAGUCAGUUGACCCUUGUGUUCCAAAGGACAGUGGAAAUUCUGAAGAAGCUCUAAAACUGACUGGUGAAUUAGAAAGCUGUUUUGAUAUACAGAAAGAUCUUUGUAGAGAAACAGAGACUUCAGACUUGAGUGCUCUCAAAACACAGCUAGAUAGUCAAUAUGCCACUACUAAUUCAAAUACCCGUAGCCUUACAUCAGCUAUAGAGCCAACUGAAAAAUACGAAGAAAUGCCUGAUAGCUUCUACAAAAAAUCUCAAGAUAAAACCACUGAUACAUCAUUCACUAAUGAAGAGUCAGAAACCUCAGUAGACCCUAACUCAACAGUUCAUAGUGUAACUUCUAAUGAUAAAUACUGUAUUUUAGAUCAGGAUACUUCUGAGCUAGAAGGUGAACAAGAUACUAUACAUGUUACUACUGAUAAAAGUGAAGAUGAGAAAGUUGAUCCAAAGUCAGAAGGUAAUGACAAAACCCCAAAUAACCAACUUAAACUAGCUGCUGAAACCUCCGUAGAGUGUAAUAAUGAGGAUUAUUCUGUACAGGAAGAUAAGGAAGAUGCAGAAAGCUGUGAGGGGGAAACCUCUGAGAGGUUAUCUACAGUCUCUCCAUUAUCAUUUUGUUAUGAAUCAAAGCAAAUUACAGAAUGUGAUAUGACUGAAGGAGAACAGGAAUUGCAAGUGGAAGAACUGGAGAAUAAAAUGUGUUCAGACACUUCUCAGUUAAAAAAAUGUUUUAAAAGUCCUGCUACUUCAGACUGGUCAGAUUACAGACCAGAUACUGAAGAGAGUGAGCAUGACUUUAGAGCAUCCAGCGAUUUGACCAACGAAAGCAGUGAGGAAGCCGUACUUGAAAAACAUUAUAAUACUGGCUAUGUAAAAAGAACUAUUGAACGGCUUUAUGGCAAGACAGAAGCUUCAUUUAAGCCUGACUUUCACAAAGGGUUUCCUUAUAUGUCAAAAGUAUCUCAAAAGGAUACUGAAGAAUUCCACUCUGCAGUAAUGGAAAAAACCAUUUCUUUUUCUCAAGAACGUGGGUCUUGUUCUGCAGAGAAACUUUUACAUUCUUCACUACCGUCACAAGAAUUUCCAGUGAACAUAAACCAAGAUGACUCUAUAUCGAGAAAAGAAAAUACUUCUUUACCAACACCACAACCUACUUUUAACAGAGAAGACACAAGUUAUAUUAAUGACCAUUCAUGGGACUCUCCAAGGCAACACUGUCAACCUAGUGUACGAGCUAAUGAAGAUGAAGGAAUAUUAAUAGAUAAAGGCAAAUGGCUUCUCAAAGAGAAUCAUUUGAUAAGAAGAUCACCACCUGAGAGGAUUGGAAUGUAUGGUAAUUUGGAUACAACAUCAACAGACACGGUCGUUGACACAAACAGUGAUGAUGUUCCAUACUCACACUUUGGCAAUCUGAAUCAGUACCCAGUCCUCAAUGCAAUCUCUUCUUCAGAACUUGAAGACAUGGCUAAACCCUCUGAAGGUUUUUGCAACUACUUCAAUAUACCUCAUAAUAGUGAUUCAGACCCCUUUCAGGAUGACUUAAGUACAAAGAGCAAACCUAGCUGCAAUGGCAAGAUCGCCUCCCGUCCUGCAGCAAACAAAGAAAAGAUCAAACCGUCAGUUGUGGUAGGUUCUACUUCUGCACAUCUUUCUACACAGGCUGAUACCAGUUUUACAGGCUUUACAUCUGCAGAAUUUAGAUUGCCUGAUAACAAGGUGCAUCCAUUGGAACAGCCUUUAAAUGAUGAACCCAUACAGUCUCAGCCAAAUUAUGCUGGUAAUGCUAAUAGAAGAGCUCUUCAGGAAGAAGAUUCUCUGGAUAAACUCCAUGCUAUGUGUGGCCAACAUUGCCCAAUAUUGAUGGUGACAGUAACACCAAUUAAUGAGGAUCAGAGAGGAUAUGCCUAUCAAAAGGUAUCUGAUAUUGAGAAUCAGCUGGGUCCGUAUUUGUUGGCCCAAAAAAGUAAACACUUACAAUGGUCUGGUGAAGAUUUACUAACAGAUGAAAAUUAUCAUGUGACUCUGAAGAACAGCUGUAUCAAUAAGAUUGCCAAUAAUAUUUUUAAUAGAUUUUAUGCUAAUAACACCUUAGAUUUUAUUAGUAACUUUGGAAUACUUACAUCUUCGACUCUGAAAGACACAAGCAGUUUAGGGAAGUUACAUGUUAUAGAAGAUAUGAAUGCAAAACACGUGGAAGUCAGCAAUUGUCAAAAUAAUGUAUCCAAAAACAUACCCAGUGAUCUUGUGACAGGCAUAAAUAGUGAGCUACUCAACAGAAUGCCAGAAAUAUGCCAAAACCUAAGAAUAAGCCUAAUUCACAUUUUUGGAGAAAAUUUUUCUCUCAUGUUGGCGGAUCCAGCAGAAAACUGUCAUUCUGAAACAUUUCUAAAGUGUGACACUUCUUCAAAUAACAUUGAACAUAAUGCCUCUGAAAAUCUGAAAAAUGAAAAUGCCUUUCCUACAGAAGAAGAAGAGGAAGAAGAAGAAGCAGAAGUUUGCUUUUGUGCAAUGGACGAUGGAAACAACAAAUAUAAGAAACACUUGUAAUAGAGAUCUUAACGUUUCUAUAAUAUUAGAUUAGUGAAAACACUUCCAGAACAAAAAUAAUCACAAAAUUAGCUGCUGAAUGCCACACCCAAUAAAACUCCCAAUGCGAAUGCAGCCAAGACCUAGAUAAAUAUAAAUCACAAUUGUAUGUCAUUGUUGAAAUACAGAUAAUUACUGAGAUUUUUAUGGGAACCAACAUACGAAGAAAAGGUGUUCUUCUAAGACAGUGGUUUCUCGGUUAAAAAAUAGUUUUUCCCUGAAAUGUUGCCUGUUCAGAGAUAUGCAGUCAUAUACCAAUCAUUUAAUUUGUAGAGAAACAACUACUGCUUAUUGGAACAGCGAACUGAAAUCUGAAAUACCCACCCAAGUACUAAGAUAAGAUUCCUUUAUUUCGUGACAUUUGAGAAAGGGUUUGUGAACUGUGUUUCAGUAGAAAUGCUUUUUUCAGAACAGAAUAAACUGAUAAGUUUAAUUUGAAAAGUAGGAAAUACUAGUCAAAUGCUGUAAUACAAUACUGUAGGAAACAGAAGUAAUUUUAAUUUUAUAUAGAUUAACAUUAUCAAAUUGUUCAGUUUUUCAAAACCAACUUGAGAGUAUUUAUGUGAGUGGAGAGAUCUUUCAGUUUGUGUAUAGGAUCAUCCAGACCCCAAAUGAAGUUUACCUGUUUUACCCAGAGGAUACUAGAAAAGGAACAUAUUUAUCGCUGCUGGGAUUCCACAGGAACUGAGAAGGGAGACUGUGUUGCAAUGGACUUCCUAACUGCCCUUGCCAUAUUCUCUACUGAGGCAGUACCGCUUACUCUUAAAGUUCUAAUACACUGCAAGUUUUAGUUCUGUGUUCUUCUUUAACCUCUGUUCUUUAAAGAUGGUCUGUGUCUUUUGUGUGUCUUUUUUUUUUUUUUUUGGUAAUUUUGUGUAUUUUAAGAAUCCAAGGCAUAUGUAAUAUGUUUCAGGGUCUUUCAGUGUGUUAAUAGAAUUAUUUUGGAUACCGGUUUACAGCAGUUUUUUGAUAUUAUGUGUGCAUAGUAAGCACUUAUAUAUGGUUUUCAAUUUUCCAUAAAUGUUUUUAAAUAUAAAAUUGGAAAAUAUUUAAUGUAUAUUGUGAUUAGGCAAAGUAUUUCAGUCUUUUGGUUAGAUUUUAAUCCCUAAGGCUGCAUAGUACGUUGCUUCAAUGUCAAUGAAAUCGGAGAUAUACCUGAAGAAGGAAGGCACUAUUUUUCAGUUAGACAUUGAGAAUUUGACCAUUCUGUACUCUUGAAGGUUGUGUCUAGAAUAACUGGUGUGUACAUGCUGCAAUAAGCCCUGGACUGUGAUCCUUUGGUUAUCCAGACUGGUGACCCAAUUAAAGGCUGACACAAAUCCACUUCAGCCCAGAGGCUGUGAUUGUCUCCCUUGUGGGACAAAAGGUGCGUGGAGGGGAAGGAGAAAAUGAAUAUGGAGGAAAAGGGGUUUGCAAUACAGGUGGGAAAUCUCGCGCUCUUAAAUUCUUUUUAGGAGCCCAGUGGCAGAUAUAUUUCCCCAUAUAUAACUGAUAUGUUUCUGUUUGAAGUGGUGUAUUCUGUGUAAUAAACUAACAUUACAGACCUAAAGCAACAUUUAUUGUCCAAUGUAUUUCACACCAAAUAGCUGUGUGUUAUUUCCUAUGUUGGCCUUAUUUCUGAUGUUCUUCCCUCUGUCUCCACAUUUUUUGGUGUCCUCCUUCACAUUUUGGAAUGGCUCCAUGUGAAGAGUCCCGAUGGUAUUUUUUCAUCCUUUGACCUGCCAAUACAGAAAUAAACCCUAUGUUUGGAAAAUGAAGCUUGAAAUUACUAGAAUUCAAAAAAAUGCUGUAUAGCAUUCUAAUGCUACCUUACCAGGCUUCUGUGUGGUAAAUAAUGUCUAAAUGCUAGAUAGGCAAAUUAACAGCUAUAUGUAUGUCUCCAUCACUUGCAGUCUUUCUGCUGGAUUCACAGCACCCAGUGCUGCAUUCACAGCACUUUAAGUUUUUCAGAUCAAGGUUCAAGGACCUUUAAUCAGAUGCUUAUUACGGGGUUACUGAGCAAACUAACCACUCAAAAGGUGAGAUGUGAGGUACUGCCUGAAGUUACAAUUAUCAGAGAGCACGCCAAGUGGUGAAGUGAUUGUUACGUUAACUGGAAGACUUGUUUCUGAUUCCAGUGUGUUAACUAAAAGAGAAGGAAUGAAAUGGUAACCUCAGAACAGUACAACAGGCUGACAGGGAGAUAUACCAUACUGUCACAGAUUUUAUACAUUCAUUAAUGGUUCAGGGAAGAUAUGGAAUAUGAAGUGGCUGAUAUAUGCAGAUAAAGUAAAAUUGCUCUCAAUAGGUAAGAUUGGAGAAGGCUGAAGAGAGAACCUCACAAUACUGGUGACUAGAGCAAUGUACUGAUUGACAGAGGGAAAAACACCAUGAGGAGUAAUGUGAGCUACUUUAUAUAUGUAGCUUAGUUCUGAAAAUUAACUGCAAAAGGCAUAGAUUCUUUCUGAAUAAAUCAGGAUAAAAUACACUGGGAAGUGACAAGCAUAUUAAAUAAUGUGUAAAGAACAGGGUAGAAAAUUCAGCAGGCAUUCAAGAGCUUUGUAUAGAUUAUGUCAUUCUUCUAGAAGGAAUUAAGUUUUUUCCUUGUCAUUAUUAAAAAAGGAACAGACAACACAACGUAUAGUUCAUAGUACCAGGAAGUUUCAGUUUAUCUAGCUUAGCCCUCUGCUAGAAAGAAACGACACAAUUAGAUAAGUAAUUCUAUUUAAUUACUAAAUCUCAUUUUAAAACUUAUUGUCUAUAGCCAUUACAGCUUCCAGUGGAGGGAUGUUCUAGAGCUUGGGUCCUUCUUCUGAUAUCUUACCCGUUUUCUAAUUUCUAUCCUAAACCUAGUCAUGGUUAGUUUAUAUAUGUGUGUCCCAAAGCCACUGUUGUCUUUUCCCUCCUUGAUAUCUAUCAACAAAAUCAGACAUUCUCUCAACUUUUUCUCCUACAUAAACAUUUUCUCCAUUUCCUCUAAUCAUCAUGGUUGUCUUUCUCAGGAGCUUUUCUAGUUCCAAGAAAUCUUUGAAUAUGGUUACCAGAACUUUAUGCAGUAUUGUCUCUCUGAACUCUGGGACAAUGAGAAUAAAAUUUCUCUGCUUGGAAAUCUCUCUCCUGGUGCAUCUUACAGUCACAUCAAUGACUCAUUCGUUCUCUAUUCUUUUUUUUAAUUAUAAAUUCCCUGUUAAAAGCAUUAAGUUUUUGUACUAUUUUUAAAAUGCAUUUUUUUGCACUUUA